CUUUAUAAACUUUAUUUAUAAACUUUAUUUAUAAACUUUAUGAACUUCUGAAUAAAUGUAUAAAUUGUGCGGACAGAUUAAUUAGUCAUCUCUCUCUGUGCUGCUUUGAUCAAACGUCAUAAAUGACAUGACUCAUCAUAUUUAAUAAUCAUAAAGUAAUAACCACUUUAUUUAUUCUUAUUAUCUAUAAAUAUAUAAAAAUAUAAUGUGUGUGUGUGUGUGUGUGUGUGUGUGCGCGCGCCUGCGUCCGUUUUAAUGCUCUCUCUCUGCAGGUCGUUCUGAUGGUUCUGGCUUUAAUUAGUACAGCCUGUAUUAGUAAUGUCAUCUAUUCUUUACAGGCUAUGCUAAUCUAUGCCAGAACCAGCAAUGCAAAGAGACUGACCUUUUCAUUCUUCUUCAUCAUCAUCAUCAUCAUCCAGGUGUGACAGGUUUGAUUGACAGGAGGCUGUUCAGACGUUUCAUGAUAAAGGUUUGAAGCUGCAGUGAAAAUAAAAAUACUUCUGUUUAAAACCAGAUUUCAUCUGAACACCCUGACUCAGCGUUUAUAUCAAAUACAGAGAGAUCCUCAGGAUAAUAAAACAUAUAAUAAUAACAAUAAUAAUAAUAAUAAUAAUAAUGAUAAUAUAUAAUACAGUCUUAUUACACUCAUGGAGGUGACCGAUGAGUUACGUUCAAAUAAAUACAACUCUAAAAAUGGUCUGAUUAAAGAUUUGUGUUUAAUAAUCUGAAUUCAUGUCAUGCAUUAGUUUCAUGAAUUAUCGCUCUGUGUGAUCUCUUUGAAGACAUCUGUUGCUAUGGUUACAGGGGGAGGUGAAAGUUCUGGAUCAGUGUUGAGACUUAAACUCUCAGCAGGAUGAUGACCUGGACACGUUGAUAUAAAAUAAUAUGAAUACAAUUAAAUAAAUCCUCACUGAGCGUGAACCUGCUGGAUAUCAUGUCUCUGUAACUGCUUUAGCUCAGUCAGGCUAAUGAUGCCAACACGUUCUCUGUGAAUCUGUCCACAAUGACAGAAACUUUCAGCAUUCCUACAGAUCUGAGCAGAAACAUCAUCCUUCUUUAGAUAAGAAAACUUUAUUUGUUCUGAAUGUCCACGUUACUCUUCUCGUCUCUUUCUGCAGACGAUCGUUUGUCAUCAUGAAUCUGACGUUAGACUCCAACUCCGUCCUCACAGGAGCUUCUCCGCCAGGUGUGUCCUAUCGGGGGAUGUCCAUGUUAUUAGACAGUGAUGGAGGCUGGAUGCUUCAUAAUGUGAGCGACGUCUCUCUGCAAACAGGAAACGUUUCUGCAGCUAACAGCACGCUAACGACGCCAGAGGUCGAGUUUGACCCAUUAGGAGGACACACUGUGUUGCAGGUGAUCAUCAUCGUCUUCCUCACUGGAUCUCUCUCUCUGAUGACUGUGGUUGGAAACAUCUUGGUGUUGGUGUCCUUUAAGAUCAAUAAAGCCCUGAAGACUGUGAAUAAUUACUACCUGCUCAGCCUGGCAUUCGCAGACCUGACCAUAGGGACUCUAUCCAUGAACCUGUACACAACCUACAUCAUCAUGAACCAGUGGGCUCUGGGCCCCGUGGUCUGUGACCUCUGGCUUGCCAUCGACUACGUGGCCAGCAAUGCCUCAGUCAUGAACCUGCUUGUUAUCAGCUUUGAUAGGUACUUCUCUGUGACCCGACCAUUGACCUACCGAGCCAAACGUACCACAAAGCGGGCCAUGACGAUGAUCUGCUUGGCCUGGUCCACCUCCUUCAUCCUCUGGGCUCCGGCCAUUUUGUUCUGGCAGUACAUCGUGGGAGAGCGGACUGUCCAACCCAACGAGUGCUACAUCCAAUUCCUGUCCGAGCCCGUCAUUACCUUCUGCACUGCCAUCGCUGCCUUCUACCUGCCCGUCACCAUCAUGGCCACCCUGUUCUGGAAGAUCUUUCAGGAGACAGAGAAACGGGCCAAAGAAUUCCAAGGACUAAAGGGAUCCGGGGCAGGAAACAAAUCUGGCCAGGCUCAGAAUCAGGGGGGCGGGAGUGGACGAGGAGGAGGAGAAGCAGCGACCAACAGUCAGAAGGAUUCUUCAGCCAUGCAGCGACAGAUGAGCUCUCAGAGCAGCAGCAGCUAUGACCUGAACCAGACCACCUCCGAAAAGAACAACAGCAUCCCUGGAGGAGGAGCAGGAGGAGGGGGAAGGUGCGCAGCCUUCUGCUUUAAGUGUUCAUCACUGCUGCCAGGUCGACACGCCUCAAGGAGGUCCAUCAACACGACCACAGCGGGCGAGGCGGAGCACAACAGCUGUGACAGCCUGAACAACAACGAAGAGGAAGAGGAGGAGGAGGAGGGCGAUGGGGAGGACCCAACAAGAGCACCAUCAGAUACAAAAUCGAAGAAGAAAAAAAACAAGGAUAAACAAUCCAUCAAAGAAGGAAAAUCUAACUCUUUGACAUCAUCACCAGCAGACCAAUCGGCUGCCAAACGUUUUGCCUCCAAGGCAAAGACAGAGAUCAACAAGCGAAAGACUGACAAGAAGGCUAAUGAGAAGAAGGCGAAUGAUAAGAAGGCGGCGCGGACGCUGAGCGCAAUCCUGUUCGCCUUCAUCACUACGUGGUUACCCUACAACAUCAUGGUGCUCGUCAACACCUUCUGUCAGGACUGCAUCCCAACCACGCUCUGGGCGCUGGGAUACUGGCUGUGCUACGUGAACAGCACAGUGAACCCCAUGUGCUACGCUCUGUGCAACAAGACAUUCAGGACGACCUUCAGAGACAUCCUGAUGUGUCAGUGGAACCAGAAGAAGAACCAGCCUCAGUUCCAGCAGAGGAAGGCAGUCGCUUUUAAGAAAUAACAUCACAUGAGAACAGAGUGUAAAUUCUCUGACUGACUCUGAAGAAACAAUCCUGAUCAACAAUCAGAAAGUGAAUGCACCAUGAAAAGUGUAAUGUCAGGAAACAUCCUGAAGCUUUGAACUAAAUCUGAUUGUAGCCAAACAGGACUUUCCUCAAAUCUAUCAGAGGAGCCUGAUGCUGUUCAUAAAAACACUGUUCAUGGUCCCAGAGGAUUCAUCCUCUUAAUGAGCCAUUAUGCUCAAGGACCCUACAACUGUGGAACUACUUUCUGUGCAUGUUCAUGGUACCCAGAGUAUGAUAUUAAUAAACACAACUAGGGAUGUUUC